ACGCCUCCCCUCUCCUUUAUAUAAUAACCCCAAUUUGGUUAAGGAUGAAGAUCUUAAAUGGCACUUGCACUUGCACUUGCCGCUGUCUUCUUCACUUUAACAGCAUCGUCGUUGUCAGCGGCACCGGCGCCGGCGCCGGAGUCGUUGUUUGGAUGCUACGAUUCCAUUGUCAGCUUCGGCGAUUCGCUGUCCGACACCGGCAAUGAUCUUUUCCCUGGCCUACACCAGGGAAUCUGCCUCCCUGCUAACCCUCCCUACGGCCGGACCUACUUCCACCACCCCACCGGAAGAUUCUCCGACGGCCGCCUCGUCAUUGAUUUCAUCGCACAGGCCCUGGGGCUGCCUCUGCUCAAACCCUACUUUCCUGGAGCGUACAAGGACGCGGCGCAACGUCGCCGGAGCUUCAGCACCGGAGUAAAUUUCGCGGUGGGGGGAUCGCCGGUGCUUCCGUAUGAGUUCUACGAGAAGAUUGGAUAUGAGAAUCCGUACACCACUGUAUCUCUGGGGACUCAAUUGGAAUGGUUCCGAAGCUUUUUGGCCGGACUUCCAGAUGCACGAAAGUACUUGGAGAGAUCUUUGAUUGUAUUGGGACCUGUGGGAGGCAACGACUACAAUCAUCUCUUCCAGCAAGGGAGGACUCUUGAUGAGGUGCAAUUGGUAGCUCCUCUACUUAUUAGCUACAUCGGAUCGGCAAUUCAGGAUAUGAUCAAGCUUGGAGCUGCGACAAUCCUCGUUCCCGGGAGUUUGCCGGACGGUUGCAUGCCUAUUUCUCUAACAUUAUACGAAAAAUCGAGCACGCCCAACGACUACGAUCCGCGAAAUGGUUGUCUCAAUUGGUUGAACAAGUUUUGCCGGCACCAUAACCAUCUUCUCCAAAAGGAACUGCAGAGAAUAAGGGAACUUCAUCCUCAUGUAAACAUAAUGUAUGGAGACUAUUAUAACAAUGCCAUGCGAAUGUAUCUCGCCCCCAACCAAUUCGGAUUUGGAAACCAAAUUCUUAGAUCUUGUUGCGGAGCCGGAAGGAUGUACAAUUACGACCCUGCCGAGAGAUGUGGCACUCCUCAAGCAACAUGUUGUCGCGAUCCUGGCGAGUAUAUUAGUUGGGAUGGAAUACACUUUACAGAGGCAGCAAACAGAUUGAUGGCCCAAGGACUGCUUCAAGGACCCUAUACUGAUCCUCCUUUUUCGACCUUCUGCCUUAAUUCCACGUCGAAGCCUCGAGCCAUUGCCGAGUACUAAGACCUGACACGACACGACACAGCUCGUCCUGCUAUAUUAUAGAUACUGAAAUUUUGUUGUAUGCAUGAUGAUAUAGGGAUAGUGUUGUAGCCACUGCAAAAUUAAUGCAGGAUUAAUCGAACAAACAAUAAUAGGUUUGUUCUUUUAUGUUUACACAAUUUCAAAUAAUUUUUUUCAGCAUUUAUUCCC